AUGGAGCCGGAUCCGGUCGCCGCGGGGGCAUCCUCCUCGCCGCCGCCCUCACCAGCGCCGGCCACGUCCCCGCCGUCCUCGCCAGCGCCGGCCGCGUCCCCGCCGCGGCAAACGCAAGAUGACGAUGAGCGGGGAGCAGUGGAGUGCGCGGAUCUCAGGGGAGACCUGAAUCCCGCUCUGCCGCCGUCGCCUCAGCAGGAUACAGUUGAGGACGCCGCGGUGAGCAGCGAGGUGGAGCCAAAGAAUGAGGCGAUGGCAGGAGUAGGGGAGGCUCUCCGCAGCUUCAUGGAGGAGUUUGGGGGUCCAGGAGAGGACUCUAUUAUCUUGUCACCGCGGCUGAAGGAGAUUAGUACUCCUGGUCGCCCAGCUGCCCUCCGCUUCCUAGGGGAGAAGUAUAACAACCUCAUGGAGAGAUAUAAGAAGCUGGUGGUCAAGUGUUCUGAGGAGUGUGAGCCCAGAUAUAAUGGCCUGAAGAAGAAGUACACAGACGAGUGUGCAGAGAGGCGGCGUCUGUACAAUGAGCUUAUUGAGCUAAGAGGUAACAUUAGGGUGUUCUGCAGAUGCAGACCUCUGAGCUCCGAUGAGGUCACCCGUGGGUGUUUAUCUGUGGUUGAGAUUGACCCAGAACAGGAGACCGAGCUGCAGUUUGUCCCUAAUGAAAAAGAAAGGAAGCCCUUUAAGUUCGACCAUGUUUUUGGCCCAGAGGAUGACCAAGAGGCCGUGUUUUCAGAAACAGUGCCCGUUGUUAGAUCAGUGAUGGAUGGUUUCAACGUAUGCAUCUUUGCAUAUGGGCAAACAGGAACCGGGAAAACUUUCACAAUGGAAGGGAUUCCAGAAAAUAGGGGUGUAAAUUAUAGGGCUUUGGAAGAACUGUUCAGAAUGUCAGAGAAAAGAAGUGCAUCUGUUACAUACACAUUUUCUGUAAGCAUCUUGGAAGUUUACAACGAAAAGAUCAGAGAUCUUCUUGAUGAGAGCAAUGAUCAAUCAAAAAGGUUGGAUAUUAAGCAAAAUGCUGAUGGAACACAAGAAGUUCAUGGUUUAGUUGAGGCUCCAGUUUAUAACGUAGAUGGUGUUUGGGAGAAACUGAAGUUUGGUGCUCAAAAUAGAUCUGUUGGCUCAACCAAUGCUAAUGAACUCAGCAGCCGCUCCCACAGUUUGGUUAGGGUCACUGUUAGGAGCGAGAAUUUGGUGACUUAUCAGAGGAGCAGAAGCCACAUGUGGCUGGUUGAUCUUGCUGGAAGUGAGAGAAUAGCUAAAACUGGGGUAGAAGGAGAUAGGCUGAAAGAAUCACAGUUCAUCAACAAAUCACUAUCUGCCUUGGGUGAUGUUAUAUCUGCCCUUGCCUCAAAAAAUUCCCAUAUUCCAUACAGGAAUUCCAAGUUGACUCAUUUGCUCCAAAGCUCUUUAGGCAGAGAUUGCAAGACACUAAUGUUUGUGCAGAUAAGUCCAAGCUCUAUGGAUUCAGGAGAAACUCUCAGUUCACUCAAUUUUGCGAGUAGAGUUCGGUCUGUAGAACAUGGCCCUGCUCGUAAGCAAGUUGAUCCAGCCGAAACUUUGAAGUUCAAGCAAAUGACUGAAAAACUUCGGCAUGAGGAAAAGGAAAAUGCACAGCUGAAUCAACGCUUGCAGCUGAUGCAGCUCAAGCAUGCUUCUCGUGAGAAUGUCUUCAGGACACUAAAUGAAAAGGUGAAGGAUGCUGAACAAGCAUGCAGAAAUUAUCAGCAACGGAUUAGAGAGCUGGAAAAUGAAUUAGGUAAUGAGAAGAGGGCUUCUAGGGAUUUUGCUAGAUCCUCGAGGCCGCCACUUGUUCCAACGAGACAGAGACAACCUCAGGGAAGGAAUAACAGCUACGUACCACCUUCAGGCCCUUCUAGAUGGAGGCUCAAAGCCCCCACAAUUAACAACAAAGAGAACAUUCCUGUGGCGAUGAAGAAACCAAAUCCUGUGGAUGAUCCUAAUAAGGCUGUUGGCAGAGCAAGGCGCGUUUCACUUACCCCGGUGAUGCGACAAAUCCCCAUCCAGCCCAAGAGGCGAUCUUCGAUGGCAAUACUACCUUCUGUGAGGGAGCAUUUUUCUGUGCUAAACGAGAAGAGAGGAGGGUCUCGACUGCCAAGAGCAUCAAUCGCGACAUUUGGUGUGAAUUUGGUUCCAGGAACACCCCUAGCAGGACAUGGUGGACCUGUUUAUGCUACCCCAGAUGGAGCAAAGUACAGGAGAUUUGAUUUAGGAAGCAGCAGCAAGUUCAGAAGCCCUCCUCCAAAUGUCGGCAUGUGGAACAAAAUGGUCACACCGCAGCAGAAGCUGGGAAUGGCACCGGCAGGAGGUCCUGCAAACGCAGCGAAGCUGUGCUUCAGCAUCCAGAAAAGAGUUACGCCUCCACGUGUUCGGGCAACUUCUGGUUUAGGCAUCUUCGACGCAGCUCUGCGUGAGAAUAUGGCUGUGGGGAUAACCGGCAAAGCGCGGCGGGUACUCAACGCCAAGAGAAGACAAUCUGUCCUCUAA